UCAAAAAACAUUUCCACGUUGCUUAGUCGUUAAAGUUUGAUUAAUUGAGUCAUUUUUGUUCAUGAUUUAUAUAUUUAAUCGAUAAGUUUUUUUUUAUUUAUUAUAUUUUACAAUUAUAAAGUUUAUUCUGAAAGAUAAAGUAAUGGCUUUACAAAUGGAAAUGUUCGAGGAACGUAAAAAAAAUUUGCGUAAAUUUAAUGAAUAUUUUAAUAGUUUAAUUGAUGGCGAUAAAAAUGAAAUUCUUACAAAUCAAACCGAAAUACGUAGUCUAAUUAAACAAAUACGUAUAUUUAAUCGUAAUUUGGCCGAAAACGAUGAUUUAUAUGAUGAACAAACAGUUACAUUAUUCAAUGAUCGAGCACAUCAAUUGGCUGAAUUUUUGAAUUCGAAUUCUCAAACAAACAAUAUUGUUGAUAGCAAAUCAGAUCAACAAACUUUUUAUAAACAUAAUGUUCGAGAACGAAACGAAAUUGUUGAUAAUGAAAAAUCAUUUUAUAUUAAUGAUAUCAAAGAUAUUGAUGCAUUACUCGCUCUUUAUUAUUUAAAAUUUUUACGAAUAACUCAAACAAAUUGGUUUGAUUAUUAUUCACAAAUAAUGGAAUUCAUUGUAUUCAAUGAAAAGAUGAACACUAUGACAAAAAUGGAUCAUUUGAAAAGAACUAUACGUUACAAUUCGAAAGCAUUAGAAUUAAUUGAAAAUAUAGAUAAUAUUUAUGAAGCUAUAAAAAUUCUGGAAAAACAUUAUAUUUCUUGUUCUUCAAUGGAAGGAGAACAAUAUGUAAAAUAUUUAAUCGAUAAAUUUUGUUUUUAUGAAACUAAGAUUGAAAAAACUUAUCGCUUUUUAUUACGUAUUGCAUUGCUUAUUUUAUACGCUGUUAAAGAUGAAAAUAAACGCCCAGAUUAUCUACAAUUGUUGUUGAAAAAACUUCCAUAUACUUUCAAUAAUGUAUACAAAUUGGAUCCAUCUUUUUUUGUGACGAUGAUGAGAGCAAAACUUAGAAUAUAUGAUUGUCCACAUAUUUUAAAACCUGGAACAUAUGAAGCAUUAGGACAAGCAUACAAUAGUUUGAUUGUUCAAUCAAUAUGUCCAAUUUGUUUCAAAGAAGAAAAUCAUAUUCGGGUUCAUAAAGUUGUUAGAUGUCGAUUUUUAGAAAAGUUGGUCCGAAGAUAUACACACGAUAUGAAAACAUUCGAGGAAACUCAAUUCGGUAAGACUUUGUUUAACGAAAAUACAAAUCAUCCAAUUCAUAACCCAAAAAAUACAAUAUUUUCUGCAGAAGAUCAACCGUUUAACAGCAAGAACAAUGAAAAACCAUAUUCAAAUUUGAUAUCAUUAAAUAAAGAAUCGAAUGAAAUUAAUGGUUUUUUUACACAACAAUCUUCUACUUCUACUUCGAUGCCAAACAAUGAUGAAUCGAAUAAAGUGAUUAGAAAAAUUAUUCCAAUCACUAUUGUUGGUAAAGAAGAUUCAAUAGAAGCAUUUAUUGAUGAACAAAAUGUUGAAAUUCCUGAUGCAAUGAUUGAACAUGAAUAUCUAAAAUCAUUGAAAAUUGAAUUUGAAAUUGUUUCUGAUUCCAACACGCCAAAUCAUAUUAUUGGUUAUGUAAAAAUGGAUAUUGCCAUUGGAUUUUUGAUUCGAACAAUAGAUUUUGCAGUUUUUACUUCACAAGAAAAUGACAAAGAAAAACUACGUAUUUCAAUGAAUUUUCUGAAAAAAUUUUCAUUAUCAUCACCUUCGAAAUUCGAACAACGUUUUAAAAAAAUAACUGAACGUUCAUUAACGCUUAUAAAUAAUGAUGGUGAACGAAAAAUUUCUGAUCAAUUAGAUUGUCAAGACACUCAAUCGAAUGAUGAAAUAUUAAAAAAAUUGUUUGAUGCAAAUUUUCUGAUGAAAUCUUCAACAAAUAUUGAAAAUGAUUCGAAGAAAUUGUUGAAAAUUGCUUUGGCUGAAGCUUCUGAAAAUGAUUAUUUUUUAAAUCCAGAUAAUCACAUCAAUUAUGGUUUCGAUUUUGAUGAAUCUCUAAAACUAUUGAAAUUUAAAGAAGCUAAUAUUUAUCUUCUUGCUUGUGAAAUUGAUUCGAAUCAAGAUUAUUGGGAUACAAUGUUGAUUAGAUUUGGCCAGGAACAAAAUUUUUCUAUUGUUCGAUUAUCAUCGUCAAAUGAACAGGAUGAACGAAUCAAAGAAAUUCAAAAACAAUGUUUCAAAUUAUUGGCCUAAAAGCUUAAUAUUUAAUUCGUAAUAAAAUUUGGCAAAAUCAUCAAGAAUUAUAUUUUAAAAUUUUACAUUUUUGUUUUACCAAACUAUUUUUUCUAAUUAUUAUAAAAAAACAUUUAAUACAA